AUGUGGGGUUUCGCGCUUGAACCGACGAAGCGCAUCGGAGGCGUGUCGCCUCCUCGCCGUCCGAUCAGGCAUCGACCCGGAGCCUCCAGGAAAGCCAGCGGAAUUCUGGGCUGGAUUCCCGGCGGAGCUGGUAACAGUUGGCGAGCGAUAUGUUCGCCUGUGAUCGCUCUCGUGGUGAUCUGGCUGCUGGGAAUGAUCAUCUGGAACAGCGGGAUCAUCAGCCUUAAGAAGCAAACCACGGCUCCAUCCGACUCACCUACGGGCCUGGACUCAUCAUCUGAGUAUGGCGACGACGCUUCUUCCACGGAUGAUGGCACCGCCACCGAUGAAAGCUCGGAUUUCACCCCCUCCCUCACCAAUAAGAUGUCGUCCGGUGGAGGAUUCGGGGGAGGCUUGGGAACAGGCUCGAGAGCAGGCUCGGGAGCAGGGUUCGGUGCAGGUUCGGGUGCAGGUUCGGGAGCAGGGUUCGGGGCAGUGGAUGAGGGUCUGGAUCCUGAGGAUGGGGAUGGGGAGACAGGCCUAGCGUCGGAAUUCCCAAGGUCCGCUGGCACCACUGGUGCUGGUCGGAUGGGGGGGUUGAACUCGGGGGAUGUUUCCAGAACUUCCACCUGGAAUGCCGCUGGUGGGGCCAAUAGGGGCGGGUUGGGGGCCGAUGGAGGGGAGGAUGAGGAUGGAAUGAUGGGAAGUGGUGCAAGUGGUGGGUUGAGGGAUGGAUUUGCCACCAGCAGCAGCAGAGGCGGUAUGUGGGGUAGUAGCAGCAGUGGUGGUGGUGCUGCAGGAGGAGGUAGAUUCGGGGGAGGCGGUGCUGGUGCAGGCGGAAGCAGGUGGGGAGGGGGAGGCGCGGCUACGUGGGGAGGGAGAGGGGGGGUGGCGGGUAUGUCAGGGGAGGAUGAGGAUGAGGAAGGAAUGAGGAGCGCUGGUGGCGGUGGGCUUGGGGUUUCCAGCAGCCGUGUGCCUAAAUUGGGAUCGAGUUCAUGGGGAAUGGACGAUGAUGAGGGGGAUAUGGAGACUGGCGUCGAGAGUGAUGUGGCUCAGAUUUACUACUCUGUGAAGACUGCCCAACGAGGUGUGGAGUCGGCUCAACUAGAUGACGAGGAGGAGGAAGAAGACGGCAUGUCGACGCACCGCCUGCGCAACGUGGCAUUCCUGCGCAUCCCAGGGACACCCGUCACGGGGCAGCAAGUGCUGGACUUUGAGCGCCAGCUGGCGUGUGUGUCCCGCGACGGGCUGUGGGCGCUCAACUCCACGCCGCGGUGGAUGCCGUGGGACCUUAACCCGCUGACUGUUGAUCGCCAGCCCAACUACCGCUCCUGCGACCUGCUCUUUGCCAAGAGGAAAGGUGGUGUAUUUGGAGCAGCAGCAGAGAGGGCACGGAGGUUGCCCAAUGCGAGGGCCGCAUGGCGGGUGCGCAAGGAGCUGCUGUACCAGUGGCGCCCCUCCAGGCCCCUCCGCUGCCCCUUCCAGCAGUUCGAUCGCGCGGGGUUCUGCCGCGCUGUGAGGGGGCGCAACGUGGUGGUGGUGGGGGACGCAUUUAGCCUUGACUGGCACGACGCCCUUCUGAACCACCUUGUGACUGCGGGGACUAAGAACAGGGCGGGGCAGCUGGGCGAUGCCUG